AUGUCCCUCGCGGUGCAUGUCAUGGAGUCAGCCAUGGAGGCGUUGACAACCCAUUUUGACCGGGCGUUUGCUCUUGCGUUCGACGAGGCAUUCCAUGAGCGCCACAUCAAGCGAUUUGACGACGAGUUCAGCCCGAUCUACAGGCCCAGAAUCAAUGAGAUCGGCCAACUUUUCUUCGAUAAGACCUACGAUGAGGUGAAAGCCAACAUUGAGGGCGACAUCCGGGAAACGUUCAUGGAUACGAUCGGUGGGGAGGUGGUACGCCGCAUCCCCGGCGGGUUGGUCCCUCGCGCCCGCGAGUGGUUGCGACGCCACGUCAGGUAUUGCAUUGCGGCCAGCGGGGGUAUUACUCACGAACGUGACUUGCGUGCUGUCGAGAACCUGAUCCGCAACUAUUGCGACGAAAAUGUUCACAGGGCCCUCCUCUUCGGCGCGUGCGACGAGCUGUACGGCGAAGAAUUCCGCAAAGUCUUCUUGGAGAAAGGUGACCACCUAUUUGCCAACACAUUCAACGCGGCUUUCGACACGGCUUUCACUGAGAUUUUCGACAAGAACUUUGAUGACGUGCGUGCCGCACUCCUCGGGUGA